AUGGCAGACAGAUAUUCAUUUUCAUUAACUACAUUCUCCCCAAGGUAUGUAAACACCUCAAUGAUUUGUUGAAGUAAUACUAACAAUAUUAGUGGUAAAUUGGUACAAAUAGAAUACGCAUUAAAUGCUGUAAAACAAGGAGUAACUACAAUUGGAAUAAAAUGUGAUAAUGGUGUUGUAUUAGCAACAGAACGUAAAUCUAAUUCAACAUUAAUAAAAAAUGAUACAAAUACAAAAGUUGAAUAUAUUACACCAAAUAUUGGAAUGACUUAUAGUGGAAUGGGUCCAGAUUUUAGAGUUUUAGUUGACAAAGCUAGAAAAUUAGCUCAAACAAAUUAUAAACGUAUAUAUAAUGAAUAUCCACCUGUUAAAAUUAUGGUUCAAGAAAUUGCGAAAGUAAUGCAAGAAAGUACACAAUCUGGUGGUAUAAGACCAUUUGGUGUUUCACUAUUAGUUGGUGGUUACGAUGAUCAUAAUGAAAAAUUUCGAUUAUAUCAAGUUGAUCCAAGUGGUUCAUAUUUUCCUUGGAAAGCAACAGCAAUAGGUAAAACAUCAAAUUCAGCAAAGACUUUUCUUGAAAAAAGAUGGAAUGAAAAUUUACAAUUGGAAGAUGCAAUUCAUGUUGCUUUAUUAGCUUUAAAAGAAAGUGUUGAUGGUGAAUUAAUUGGAGAAAAUUUGGAUAUUGCUGUAAUUAGUGAUCCACAAGAUCAAUUAUUAGGAUUCAAAGGUACUACUAUUGAAGGUCCAAGAUUUAGAAAAUUAACGGCUGAUGAAAUUAAUGAUACUUUAGAUUCUUUAUAG